AUGGGCAUUCAGAAGAGAAAUACUGAUCUUGGAGAAAUAAAUGGUGCCAGUGAUGAUUCCGCCAUUGUUUUUCCUAUAAAUGAUCUCAGGAAACGUGGGUCACAUCUUGAAAGUGGACACAACGGAAAUGGUAACGGAUUAGUAGGAAAUAUCGGAGGCCGUGAAUGGAAACGUGACUGGAACCUUGGAAGUGGGAACAAUGGAAAUGGUAACAAUGGAAACGAAAACCUAAACGUUGGUAAUUCGAAAACAGAAAAUAAUAAAGAAACAAAUGUCGGAGGAAUAGGAAAUGUCGGAGGCGUUAGAAGGAAAUGUGACUGGAAUCUUGGAAGUGGAAACAAUGGAAAUGAUAGCAAUGGAAACGGCAACAGCAACGUUGGUAAUUUGAAUAAACAAAAUAACAAAGAAACACAUGUCGGCGAAAUAGAAAAUAUCGCAGGCCAUGGAAGUAAAUGUGACUGGAAUCUUAAGAGUGGAAAUAACGGAAAUUUUAAUAAUACAAACAACAACAACAGCAGCAUUGGUAACUCGUAUGCAGACAAAAAUAAAGAUACAAAAGUCCUUGGAAAGAAACUUGGCAAGGUAAUUAUUGGGCGGAAACUUGGCUGGAUUCUUGGAAAGAAACUUGGCUGGAUUCUUGGAAAUGGAAACAAUGCAAAUGACACUAGCAAUAUUGGUAAUGCGCAUGUAGAAAAUAAUAAAGAUACAAAAGUAGGCAGAAUAGGAAAUGCCAGAGGCCUUGGAAGAAAACUUGGCAUGAUUCUUGGAAGGAAACUUGGCUGGGUUCUUGGAAAGAAACUUGGCUGGACUCUUGGAAGUGGGAACAAUGGAAAUGGUCACAAUGCAAACGACAACAGCAAUAUUGGUAGUCCAUAUGCAGAAAAUAAUAAAGAAACAAAUGUCGGAGGAAUAGAAAAUGUCAGGAGCCUUGGAAGGAAACUUGGCAAGAUUCUUGGAAAGGAACUUGGCUGGAUUUAUGGAAAGAAACUUGGCUGGAUUCUUGGAAUUGGAAACAACAGAAAUGGUCACAAGGCAAACGACAACAGCAACAUUUCUAAUUCGUAUGCAAUGAAAAAUACAGAUACAAAUGUAAUAGAAACAGAUAAGGUUGGAAAAUAA